ACGUGUAUAGCUGGGCGUUAUUUAGAAUAUUCGGGCUGACAAAUUGUUGCCCUGCACGAUGUCCAAGUUUUCCUACAAGUUCUCCAACCUGUACGGUGCCGUGUAUCGUCAAGGCAACCUUGUAUUCUCGGAGGACGGUAACUGCGUCAUCAGCCCAGUGGGGAAUCGUCUCUCGCACUUUGACCUCAAAAACAAUAGAUCGUGUACUUUCCCAUUCGAAAACCGAAAGAACAUCAGAAGGUUUGCAGUUUCACCAGACGGAGUAAUAUUGAUCAGUGUGGACGAAGAUGGCCGAGCUCUGAUCGUCAAUCUCCACAAGAAAGCAGUUUUGCAUCACUUCAACUUUAAGGAGAGGGUCUAUGACUUGAAGUACAGUCCCGACGGAAGGUAUAUCGCGGUCACUCAUGGCCGUAUGGUUCAGGUCUGGCAUGCUCCAGGCCAGGCAAAGGACUGCACUCCUCUAUCUCUCUACCGCUCAUACCCUGGGCAGUAUGACGACACCCUCUGUCUCGACUGGUCCGAUGACUCACGGUUUUUUGCGGUAGGUUCGAGGGAUAUGAGUUGUAGGGUGUUCUCAGUGAAGCCGGUGGCUGGGUUCCAUUACGUGACCCUCGCAGCUCACCGCAGCGCCGUUCUCAGCUGUUUCUUCAGACCCGACUCCCUCUCAGUACGUGUGUAGAGGUCCACUUCGUCCAGUCCAGCAAACCUUAUUAAAAGAAACUGCAUAAACUUGUUUGUAGUGAAAAUGUUGGUGUUACCUACUUGAUGUAUUGAAUAGUAAAGAGAGAAAACGUUUCCUUUUUCAUUAUUGUCGUGUGAAUGGGCCUGCUGUGUAGAACGUGUUUAUUAAAUAAUUGUGGUUUAAGUGUGGUUAAUUUGGAUGAUUGAAACUUGAUAGUGUAUUUGCAGUUGUACACAGUGGCAAGGGAUGGAGCGGUGGGGGUCUGGGACUGUUCGAUGACAUUGUCAGAUAUGAGGACACACACCAGGGAGUGGGCGAGGUUGAAACAGAAGACGAGGAGGAGGAGGAGGAGAGAGAGGGAAGAGAGAAGUUUGGAUGAAGAAGAAGAUGGUGUUGCUGUGUCUGAAGAAGAAGAGGGAGAGGGGGGGAGGGAGGAAGAAGAAGAGGGAGAGGGAGAGAGGGAGGAAGAAGUAGAAGAGGAGGAAGAGGAGGAAGAUGAAAAGAGUGAAGAAAAAGAUGAUGUUUCUGAAAUGGAAGAGGAACAUUUAGGGAGGACACACAGAAACGGAGAGGGUCCACCGGAAGGAGG